CUUACAUAUUGUGCAUUCUUGAUAAAUAACAGGAAAAUCCUUUGUCAUACUGUAAGAAAAGCUGACGGAUAGUGAAGAAAACUCAGCAAAAACAGCGACACAAACAACCGUUUGACAUCUGUAAAACAUUUAUCCUCCCUGUUACAAAAUUUCCUUUUACAUUCUGCCUUCACUUCGUCACGUGGGACCAAACAGUCUGCUCCUGAGCCUUUGCUCAGAGCUGAGAGGAGCUGCAGCAGCAAAUCAGUUUGUUUGCUGUGGAUUUCAGGUUUUUCCUCCUCAGUCAUGGAUCUCAGAAGGCUUCAGGUAACAUUUUGUCUUCUUCUGCUGCUGCCCUGCUCACUGCAGCAGACAACCUCCAAGAAGAGAAACGGAAAGAAAGACUCAGUAACAAGCGAUGCGAUCGAGAAGCUGCAGAAACGAAUCGAUGACAUUGUUCAGGAGCUGAACCUGCUGAAAGAGCACCAGGCCUUGCAGACUGUUUGUCUGAAAGGCACAAAGAUCCUGGGAAAGUGUCUCCUGGCCGAUCCAGUGAAAAAGACCUUCCACGCAGCCAACGAUGACUGCAUUGCCAAGGGAGGCAGCCUGAGCACCCCGCUGACGGCAGACGAGAACGACCAGCUUCACAGCUACGUUCGCCAGAGUGUCGGGCCAGAGGAGCAAAUCUGGCUGGGCGUCAAUGACAUGGUGAUGGACGGACACUGGGUGGACCAGACAGGCUCCAGCGUUCGCUUCAAAAACUGGGAGACCGAGAUCACCCACCAGCCCGACGGAGGGCACGCCCAGAACUGUGCCAUCUUGUCCACCACAGCCAAUGGGAAAUGGUUCGAUGAGAGCUGCAGAGCUGAAAAGGCCUCGGUGUGUGAGUUUAACAUCGUCUGAGAGGUUUACUGCCACUCUUUCAACUCUGAUGUCUCUCUAUGCAGAUAUCAGCGUUAAACUGAAACAAAUUUAAGCUGCAGUUUUCUUUAGACCUCUGUUUCUACAUGUCGUUAUACGAAAAGAACAUUAAAUGACACAGUAUAAGCUACUCACUAGAAGCUUUAUGUGAAUUAUAAAAAUACUCAUGUUUGUGUUAAAAUAUAUCAGUAUGGCUUGUCUGUGUAUUGUGUGCUAUAUGUAAUCAAAUCUGCUUUAUAGCUGAAGAACAAUUAUAUGUUUUCUGUGGCGUCUUUCUGGCUUUUAUUUCCACAAGUUUAUUGUAUGACAUAAUAUUGAUAAAAAUGUACAGUUAUCCUCUGGAUCUGUAAAAAUGGUUUUGUUCAAAGGCUCAUUAAAGGACGUCUUUGCAGUGACAAGAUAACUUUACAAUAAGACUUAAGGUAAAAACAUUUAACCCUAAAAUUAAAAUGCCCCUAACAAAAAGGAAUAAAUUGUAAUUGGAAAAUAAAAA